AUCGUUGGAGUGUGUGUGCGUCCCUUGAGCUACGCGCGGCGGACCUGCCCAGUAAAUACGAGGCUUCCGUUCCCGUGUACGGUCGGACGAGUGCGUAGUAAAGGAAGAAAGUCUUGUCCUGUUUGGCGUCCCGUGUCACCGGCGUGUCCAUCAUGCCGUUGAGUAUUGGGGUUAACUUAAGAGUGACCGGACACUGUAAUCAGGGCGGUCGUAAGUACAUGGAGGACAUGUUCAGCGUGGCCUUUCAAUCGACACCGGAUGACAAAGAUCUUGAAUUUGCAUUCUUUGGAAUAUUCGACGGUCACGGCGGUGGCGAAGCCGCCACCUUCGCUAAAGAGCACCUGAUGAACGUUAUUGUAAAGCAAAAGAAUUUCUGGAGUGAUCGAGACGAGGACGUGCUUCGGGCUAUCCGAGAAGGAUACAUGAACACACACUACGCGAUGUGGCGGGAGCUUGAAAAAUGGCCAAGAACAGCGUCCGGAUUACCAUCUACAGCUGGAACUACUGCUAGCAUAGCGUUCAUUCGCAAAAGCAAGAUUUAUAUAGGCCAUGUCGGUGAUUCUGGUAUAAUAUUGGGAUAUCAAGUAGACGGGGAUCCCCAAUGGCGAGCUAAGGCAUUGACCAAAGACCAUAAGCCAGAAAGUGGACCAGAAAUGAUGAGGAUACGAGAAUCUGGUGGCAAGGUAGUCAGUAAAUCGGGUGUUCCAAGAGUUGUGUGGAACAGACCUCGUAUAGGACACAAGGGACCGGUUCGAAGAUCGACUCAUAUAGAUGAAAUUCCAUUUCUUGCUGUUGCUAGAUCUUUAGGUGAUCUCUGGAGUUACAAUUCUGAAUUAAAUACAUUUGUUGUUUCUCCGGAACCAGAUGUUAAAGUAGUCGCAAUUGAUGUAGAAUCACAUCGUUGUCUUAUUUUUGGAACCGAUGGUUUGUGGAACAUGUUAACACCGCAAGCUGCUGUGGCCAUUGUUCAAGCUGCGGAUAGACAUAAUGAAAAACACUUGAUUGCUUCACAACAAACAUGUAACGGGCAAACUGAUAAUGUUCAACUGUGGAUUAAUCCAUCAAAAAGUUUAGUAGAUAGAGCGUUGGAAAGAUGGUCGACAAAGAGGCUACGUGCGGAUAAUACAAGCGUUGUCACGUUAAUGUUAGAUCCACCAGGCCCAUCUCGUAGCGAGGUUUUAUUGAAUCAGAAGAAAUGUGUAUUGCCGCAUCAUAAUAUACAUACACCCGCAACUACGCUCGAUACUAAAAACAUAGAGAAACCUAACUGUAGCCCGAUCACUCCGAGUUUACCGAGACCACCGAUGGCGGAUCUUAAUAUCGACUUUAAGAAGCUAGAUUUUACAAAUGGAAUUAAUGAAAAUAAUGAGGAUUCAAGUUCGGAGAAUGUAUCGCUCGUUAACAAAAUUCCAGAAAAUCUUGAUAUAAGUCACCAGUCAAGGGACGAAACAAUGGAUACGAGCGGUGAUGAGUCCUUUGGGGUAGAAGACUCUAAAGUUACGGAAACGAUAUCCCAUGAAAUAGUAGAAAGAAACGUAGAAUUAGGUAAUAAAAAGUUGGAAACAGGCCCGUUGGCAAAGAAUAAAAGUUUCGACCAAGAAACGAGGGAUGCGGUAGAAAAUAAACCUGAAAUUGUUAAUACACCAAUUUAUCAAGAUGGUGUAAAAUUGCCAUCGCAGUCUCUUAAGUCGGAAGAUGGGAAUACCGAUCAAUCUGAUACGUCGAAUGUGAUACACCAAAGUGCAUUUUCCGGCGAAUGUAAUAAUAUACAUUCAUCCGCCCAUGUUGGUACUAAUUUCGAGAAUAACAAUGAUGUUACUUCGGAGAGCACCGCUGGUAAUGAAAACGAAGUAAAAGCCAAGGUUUUGAACGGAUCGCGGCAUAAACAGCACAUACUGUUCUCUGCCUCGAGAACGGAAGUCAGAAACGCGAGGAGCAGAAGGCACAGUUUAAAUUCGCACUCACGGAACACUGUUGCAGAGUCGGGUUCGUUGGAAACAAAAACGUACGUCAAUUCGAGGUUUAAGUUGCGCGGUACAAAAAUGUCUGUAACCGGUAAGACUGUGGACGAGGACGUAAGAAACUCUACAAGUAAAACGACUGAUAGUGCUGUUGGUACUAAGCGAAGACAUAGUGCAAUAUCGCAAGGUGUAAUUAGUACGGUGGAUGAUGCGUGUAUAUUGCAAGAACCUUGCGUCAAAAGGAGAACGCGGUCCGAAGAUCGACCAAAUCCCGUCGACGAGAACGAUCCAGCGAAUCAAGCUACGAAGGAUGCGAACGGUAGUUUGAGUUGGCCUACAACAGAGUCCAACAUUACUCGUUCCGCGGGAAGUGCUACUACUGUACCUAUACAAGAAAGACUCUCUUCGUUAAAUACCUACCAAAGAAGUUUGGGGAAAAAGGCUACGCCAGUGAAGGCUAUUCGAAGGCCCUCUUUCAAAGAGUUGUUCAAACAACUGUGGGCUACUAGUCUCAGCGAGCGGAGGAUAAAUCGAACCGUGUCUAUCAUAGGUUCCUCGGAUAUCACUGCCGUUUCGCAACGUUGGCUCAGGUCUGACACUAUCGCCGCGACUCCUGUAAAAACACUGCGUUCGCGCAACGUAGACAUAACUGGUCACACGAUAUCUACGCAAUUAGUGCACGACGCAUUGGGGAAACAAAAUCGGCUUUCGUUGCCAAGUAAACUAAAGCAGUCUAGUAAUAAUGGGUUUCUACAAUCGAGUAGAGUAAGAUCGUCCAGUAUUAAGCAAACUAGUAGUAAUACUGGGAACGGGACCUGUUCUAAGAUUAGUCCUACGAGUACAGGAUGUAACUCUAGUUCGGGAAUGGCUAAAAGAGUAAAAUCGCCGUACAAUCCGAGUGCCAGGUCGCUAAGCACGCGAUCUCGCAUUAAGCGACUUGGAAAAUGAGGUAGAAUAACACACUUUAAUUAUAUGUCAUUUGUUUACAGGGUAUUAUCUUGUACCCUCACUGUUUUUAUUCUCUGCAUAUUACUUUCCAUCUCUAUGAAAGGUAUGCUGGUUAAGAUAUUCUCGUCUCUACUAUUGCAUUUUAUCUUGAAACGUAUAAGUGCAAACGUGCUGUAGACAAUAUUUAUUGUCCCGAAAAGUUUCCAGACGUUUCUGCGAAAUUGGGUUUGCAUUUGGUGGACCAACUGUUUCAUUAAAAAAAAAAAUUAAAUUUUCUUGCUUUUCGUUACAAUGUAGUUUUCACCUCCUAUCGAACCGUUUUUCAAUAGUGAAUAACUGCGUGCAUGAGAGCAAUUCGGCAGGGCAGCAGCAGAGUUUUUUAAAAACAUGCAACAACGGUAUUCUGUGACUUCCACGGCACGUUACGGGUGAAAAAGAAUCAAUCAUAUUUUUCAUAUUUGCAUACUUUUACAUCUAAAUAAUGGUUAGCAAUAAUAUAGACACUAAUCGAUGUGAUGCAACGUUGUUCUUUCAUUUUGUGUAUUUCGCUCGGGGAAAAACUAAGAACGAAUAGAAUUGUAUAGAAUCCCGGACAAAGUGUGCGUGCUGUCUUUAAUUUUACGGGGAUAGCUUAGGUUUUCACGCGCUGCAAUGUUUUACUGCUGUCCACGGUGUGUAAUUGUUUAAACAUGAAACCUUUGUACUCCGCUGCACGAUCGUAGGCUCUCGAUUCUAAGAAACGAGCAUUAUAUCGCUUCUUCGGGACACGACUAAAAUGCUAUUCCUGUUUCUCAACUAGCAAACCCCGUUACUAUUUUGAUCAAGUUUUAUCAUUUAAUUCUAUCUAUACCCUUGCCACUUCACCUUCCUAGAUAGUCAGCUCUACAGAAUUAAUAUAAAAAGACUCCUUCCAUUAUUUUAUGCUUUCUAAUAUUCGAGUAGCUUGUUAAAGUGUUAAUUAUAGAAAGGGAAGUUAAGAAAGUUCAUGAACAUAUGUAUAAAACGUGUGAUAAUCAAGAGAGGCAGAAGAAAAUGAUGAUGCCUGUAUCAAAGAGGGGAAUAGAAUGUGUAUAUGUAAAGAUUAUCUUUUUCCCAAUGAUUCCUUUAAAUGUUACAGUCUUCUAUGAGGAAAUAUCUUUUUAAGGGGAUUAAAGAGUCGUUAAGUGAAAAAAAAGAAUUAUAAAUUGCUUACAGUAAGGGUAAAAAUUAAAGUAUCUUGUAGGUAGGUACGUAAUCGGUGAUCUGCUUUGUCACUUAGUACAGGGUGGCUGUCGAAGAUUCGUUUGAAAUCAGAAAAUUUUUGAUAUUUAAUUUUAUACAAAGGCAGCACAAAGUCCAAGUAAAUAUUUCAAUAUAAGAAAUUGGUGAUAGUCGAUCUUUGAUUCUCUUUCCUACUAUUAAAAAAUCUUGAAAAGCAGACUGCUCUGUACCAAGCAACAAAACGACUGUCUAUUAUGUUAUACAAAGUUUGGAUUUAUAUUUAGAACAAUUUAAAAAAUGGUUGAGUAAGCUAAGUAAAUGACAAAUUUGUCUGUUUUAUAGAUGUACAGUAAUUGUUCACUGAAACGGUGAUUAAAAUGCAGAUGUUUCAUAAUCAGCGCUUAAGUUGUUAAGUUAGGAGCUCCAACUUACUGUUUUCUUUUACUUUUUCUUUUUUUUUUAGGAAAACAAUUUUUGAACUUGUGGUAUUACUUUAAGAUAAUUUAAAGUUUGCAAGUAGCUGGCACUAUGUGGUGCAAAAUGUACUUCAGGACAAUUUAGAUUGAACAUUUAGUUAAACAUGCGUUAUAAAUAAUACGAAUGAUCAAAAUGACAUGGUAAAUUCAUGUUUGUGUACUACAAUUUUGUUUUUAAAUGUAAAUAUUUAGCGUACGUUAUAACUUGAAUAUUUUGUAACGAAACGAUAUACUGCGCAUUUUUAUUUUGAAUUUAAAUAUUAUGAUAAUAUAUAAUUUUUCGACUGCUUACACGUAAUACUAUUACAAAGGAAUUUACUGUGUCCACGGAUUAUUCGAACAAACGAAAAUAUCGAAUUAUAUAUUAGAAAGUGUAUGUUUAUAUGAAUUAACUGAUAUUUUUAUAUUUUUAUGUUUCAUCAUAGACAGUGCAGAGCAACAAGAGUUAUAUCAAAGAGUAGGAAAAAGUAUGAUACAAAUAAUAACACGUGCCUACAUAGUUACCAUUUAAAUGUAUAUAUAUGUAUAUAUAUGAAGUGUAUUCAUAUCCAUGGGCCAAGAAGGAAAGUAGUUUUUCCAUCAUCGCAACAAAGAAUUAAUUGCUCCAAAAUGAAUUUUAUAUUUAAGCAAUUUUAAAAGCAAAUCAAUGUUACGCAUUUCGUACGAAAAUCACGUUAGCAAUGUAAGGAACUUCGCUUUAACAAAACCGUCUCUUCUUGGUGUAUGUAAUAAAAGUGGCACUGUAUAUACAUAUAAAUAUAUAAAUAUAUAUGUAAAUAUAUAUAUACAUAGCGUAUAUAUAUACGUACAUAUGUGAUACACAUAUAUUUAUGAAUUGUCUACAUGCAUGUAAAGAAAAUGUAGACGGUUAUGCUCAUAGAAGAUGAAAUAAAAGAAAAAGAAUGUUUGCUAGCGUUUAUUUAUAUACACGAAAAAAAUUAUAUUAUACUUAGGAAAAAGUGGACAAGUAGUAAAAGGACCGAAAGGAUCCGUCUGGUUGCGCUUGUAGAUUUAAUAUUCGUUAUAUAGGACGCCAAGGAAAACAAAGAAUUUUCUGAAAGUCAACGUAAAAAAAGAAGAAAAAAAAAAAUGAAUAAAAUGAAUUUAUCACAGAUACAGGAACGUAUAGUGAGCGAAAAUUUAUUGUGGUUUAUCUCAGGUUAAGAAUAGGUCGAAGGAGGCAAACUCGGAACAAAUGUGUGAUCACGUUUAAAAUCUGUAUAUUUUAAUUAAAUAAACUGAAAUAUACAAAUGCCUUUGGUAAAUACUUUCUUCAUGGUAUCCAA